GUUUCUUUUUUCUUUGGCUUCGCUAUUUAUAUUCUUUGACGUUAAAUAAUUAAUAUUCUUUGACAUUAAAUAAAAAAAUAAACACAAUUAAAUAACACAUAAUAUACAGAGUAAAUAUCUGUGGCUUCUUUGUGGGGUUGGUUGGAUUUUCCAUGACUUUCCUUCCAAUUUUCAAAUAUUUUUUUUGUCAAAGAAAAAAAAAAUUUUGAACAAUCCACCUAUUUCUGAAGAUAAGUAAAAUUGCAGUAUGACAACCAUAGCUAUCAACGGCGUACCGUUUUUGUGUUCUCUAAAACACGCUGCUAAAUUACUAUGGAAGUACAUCAGGUCACCCUUUCAGACCCUAAAUUUUGCACAACUACCUGGACAACCCAAAAAUGUAAAAACUCUUUACAUACUUGUUGAAAAGAUGGAUCCGGAAAUAGUUUUGCAAAGAUUGAAGAAUUUCAAUAUACGCGGCAGAAAACUCCAUUCAUAUAUACCUAAACAAGUGCCUAAUUUAACAGUAUCAAAAAAUAAUUUUGUUGCCCAUAAUAAUGAGGUGAAAAAAAAUAAAAAGAUGAUACGGAAUGAUCCUGAAAAACCAGAUUAUGUAAUGACGCUAGCGCACGCGGAAAUUAUGGCGGAGAUGCAGUACAAAUAUACAGGACUUUACGAGUUGAGCAAGAAGAAUGGUCACACCCUGUUAGAGGAGAUAACGCAUACAAUCUUCGAACGGCUCAAGUUAAUCAUGGACAGAAAUCCAAACUCGAUGACCUCGUUCAAUCUGAGCAAGGCAUACCGCCGCGCUCACCCGCACUUCGCCGAUUUCCAGAUGAUUCUGUCGACGCUGCAGAAAGUGCAAGAUGUAGCCGGAACGCCGCGUACGAUAAUCACUGAACAGGAUAUUACAGUUAUCAAUAAGCAGCCAUGUCAAUAUAUUACAAAUUUUUCUCAAUAUAUUGUUUCAGUUAUUGGCAACAUCCCGUAUAAGAAGGUUAAAGCUAGCUGCAACAAAUACACUGAAGCCAUCGUGAAAAAGGUAACAGAACACGUGGACAGUUUGGACACGACCAUACAAGAUGUGGACGCGGAAGAGGAAAUAGCCAAGAAGAAAGUGCGCGCAGAACUCAAGAAAUUGACGCCUUAUCUCAAUACGAUUAUUCGCGAAGUGGUGACAGAAAACUUUGUCCCAGAAAGAUCGCCGUACCAUAGAUUCAGAAUAUACGGAGAACCGUUCCUACCUCCAAAGGAGACAAUGGCACCGUUUCUGAAACGUUAUCACCCGGUCAAAGUGGUCCGUUCGGACCGAAUGUAUAAUCUGUUGAAGAUGUACAUAUCACUACCUCAGUACGGUAGCAUAAUGGCUAUGGAUGGAACUGUUGUGGAUGGCGCUAAACUCGUUAUACGACCGUCAGAACAGAUGAUGUACAAGAUUCCCGAAAGCUUUGUCAAGGAGAUGAGAUCCGCCAUGGCGCGAGGGUACCGGCCGAGCGAGGAACAGGCAUGACAACAAACUUUUGGAGGAAAAAGAAAUGAAAGAAGACUGGGUUGAGCCGUGGGAAUAAUGGGAAUUUCCAGCUGUAGAUUUAUUUAAUUAAGAAUAUACAUAUGUGUAAUAUAUAGAAAUAAAUGUUCCGUGACUUAA